CGGAGCGAGGUGAGGCAACUCCUAUCAGUUCCUCAACAGCGCGACCUUCGCUGUAGGAAAAGGCAAACCAUGCGAAAGUUAUUGAAAGGAAAGGACAGGCGCCAGGUCCGGGAGAGUGUGACGUCAAGGGAAGAGACGGAUGAGUCUGUUAGCCUCAAACCUUCGAGUCCAACCAUUCCAAUGGAUCCAGAAAUAUUGACCAGAUUUCCAUGCAAAUGCAAAAUGUCUAAACGGAAGAUCAUUAUAACUGUACUCUCGGUCAUUACUGUCAUUGCAAUUCUUGUGGUUGCCAUUUAUUUCGUGAAAGUUGCCGUCAAUGAAUAUUAUUACUUCUGCUCCAAAACCUUUAAGUUCAUCUCUCGUGAUUCCCAAUGCAACGGAAUCUUGGAUUGUUCUCAAGGUGAAGAUGAGCGUGAGUGUGUGAUGAACGUCACAUUCCGAGACCCUUUCCCAGUGCGAAUCUAUGGAUCCAAAUCCAUUCUGCAAGUGAGGGAUUCAGGAACCCAGCAAUGGAAGAGCAUCUGUUAUGACAACUGGCGUCCCAGCCUCGCAGAAGUAACAUGCAAGCAGCUGGGAUACUCAAAUAGCCCUAUGGGUAGUCCUGUGGACAAGGGACUGUGGCCCUCAUACAAGAUAGUCGACUUCAGCAAAGUCACCAACCCUGUCUCCAUUCAAAGUGUGUUAAUAGAAGGAUCUUGUUCUUCUGGGAACAUCGUGUCUUUGGUCUGUGCACGAUGUGAGCGGAGUGCCACUGACCGGAUAGUUGGGGGUACGGAUGCUAGUAUUGAUGAAUGGCCCUGGCAGGUCAGCCUUCAGUACAAGAAACAGCAUCUGUGUGGUGGGAGUAUCAUAAACCACCGGUGGAUCCUGACUGCUGCUCACUGUUUCCCAGAGGAGUAUAACCAGAUUGCAAACUGGAGAGUGUUUGCUGGCAGUGAUGUUCUCUACUCUGGGGGAAGCACCUUCUCCAUUAUGAAAGUUGUCAUCAACGCCAAGUACAAUUCAGUGACCAGCAACUACGAUAUAGCCCUCAUUAAAGUUAGGUCACCGCUACCAUUCACAGAUUACAUUCGGCCUGUUUGUUUACCUAACUACGCUUCUCCAGUUCCAAAGAAAAUUUUGGCGUGGGUCACUGGCUGGGGCUACACUAAAGAAUUUGGUCAAGUGUCAACAGCGCUUCAACAGGCGAAUGUCUCGGUGAUUGGACGGGAGAUUUGUAACAGUUUGCAGUAUUACAGUGGGCAGAUCACUGAGCAAAUGCUGUGUGCAGGCUACCAGGCUGGUAAAGUGGAUGCAUGCCAGGGGGACAGUGGGGGUCCGUUAGUUCUGCAUGUGAAGAGUUGGCGGCUAAUUGGGAUUGUGAGCUGGGGUAGUGGCUGUGCCCGCCCAAACCGUCCUGGAGUUUACAGCAACGUGGGCGCAAUGCUGGAUUGGAUCUACCAAGUCCUAAACAUGCAGGAAUGAGGACAAGAGGUGUGGGGACAGAAGACCACCUUGUACCUAGCCCUGGUUUCCUGGAUUUGUGGGAGACUGUUACUCUAUGCACUUUAUUGAAGAUUUUUAAGGGACGCAAUGAUUUGACUUUUUAUUACUCCUCUGUCUUGCCUUUCUUGUUCAAUCCAAAAUGCAAGACUGCCAAAACUCUCAAACACCAACUGCCUCAGUGAUCCUUUGUAAGGGAACUCAGACACUAGAUUCAGGCAAAUGACAGAAAUUUGUAAUAGCUUUUUAUUGUUUUUAAUUAUGUGAACCAUGUCUAUUUGUAAACCAUUCCACAAUGCACUGUUCUGUCAUCUCAAUAUUGAAAAGUAUAAAAAUACAGUGGAAGGGAUUAAGUUAUCUUCCAGGGAGCAAUUCACAUCGUUGCUUAUUCUAAAUACCUCUGGUGAGUCAAACCUCCACUUUUCUGAAUGCCUUACCACCAAAAAAUAAUCCUUUUAAUCUUUUGAUUGAAAAUGAUCACCUGGGUAACUAGACGUUUUACAAAUUCUUUCUGAUUCACAAAUUGAAUUUGAAGUAUUCAGUAAGGCAGUCAGAUGUUUGCACAGCAGAUUCCAGGUUGAUCUACCAACAUUCUGCAAAGGCAUGUUUGAGCAGAAUGUAUUUGGUGAAAGCCAGUGCCUUGUUUUUAAUAUAGCCUUGUUAUCUUGCAUUGUAACUUUUUUAAUGUUUAUGAAACACACAUUUUUAUACUUGUUUAAAACUUCAGAAACAUUGACAGUAAGGGGUCUGGUGGGGGUGUGGAGAAAGCUACUUGCUACCCGAGCCUGGGCUUUUUGGGAGAUUGUUACCCCUACCCCUUUGAAUUUGAGAGCAGAUCCUAACUUUUAAAUGUAUUACGAGAAUAAAAAGGACUAUUUUGUGUGAUUGAUGGAGACCAUGCUAGUGUUCAGAAAUGGCACCUAACCGGCUUGUUGGCAUCAAAUAAGAGCCGCCCGAGAUUGGAGACUUCAGAGUAAAUCUUACUUUCUGUCAAACAGACCUAAGGAGGUGUGAAACCGGUUGAACAUGAGGGCCCUCCCCCCCCCGCCCCAAACUUUAAUGGCUCAGUGUGUGAAAUGUACCACCGGAUCUGAUACGUUUUACCCAGUCUUCAAUAGGCAGGUCCCAGAUUCCGGCCACCAAUUCUACACAGUCAAAAGGCAUAGCCAAGUCUUGGUGAAAAGGAAUGAGUUUAUAUUUGGUGGUGAAUGGCUAUAACAAAUCAUCUAGCAACCCUACCUCUCACUUUCCAGUGAGUGUUGUUUUUGAAUGCAUCCUCUGGUAAGUCCAGGACUGGGCUAUGAUCCAUUUCCCAUGUUUAAUGUGUACAACAAGCAUGCUUAUUCAAUCUGUUAACCAGAGGUGAUGUCUUCCAUCUGGGAGGCAACUCGAUCAGUUCCCACCUGUAAUUUGCGUUUGUCCAUCUCCAUGGCACUGAUCCUGGUGCUAACCUCUUUCGAACACUAAGGUGAAUGCUGUCAUGAUGUGCUGCUUUUGCUCACUCACUCGGUCCAACAUUUGCCCUCAGAUGAUUGAAGCUUUGACCGUGAAUGUUUGCGCCAAAUUGCAUGUGAAUUAUUUUGUUUGUUUUUUUUGAUAUCUUUGUACCUGGAUAUUCAGAUUUGUUUUUAAAUAAAAAUUGACCAUUUUUUCAUAUC